UUGUUGUCAUUUUCGAUAAUGUUUGUUUUGAAAUUGGUCAACUGGAAUUAAAUUUGCGACGUGUGCGCUAAUCAGCGAAAAAAUUAAAUCAUCGAUUAGACCCGCAAUGACCAUGGAUAGCGAAACCCUCAAAACCUGUGAAACUAUAGAAAAAGAUGAAUUCUUCAGCGUAUUCCUGCAGGACAAGCAAGAGGAAAAGGCCAAACUGGCCACCAAAAUGACCAUCACGGACCAGAUCGGCAAACUGUCCGAGGGCCUGGAGAAGGUGUCCGCCCAGCUGCAGACGCAGGUUCGCGACCAGUACGGCACGUUGCUGUUCCAGGCGAAUCAAGCCGGCCGGCUGAAUGCCGCCGUCGGUUCCGUGUCGGGCCACAUUGAACGGUUGAAGGCCAGCGCGGACCGGCUCAAGAAGAUGGUCAACGUGCCGUACGAGCAGACGGAAACGCAAACGAAGAUUCUGGCGAGGCUGCACGAGUUGUCGCACCUGCUGCGGCAGAGUGGCCGCUUUUUGCACGUCUAUCAACGGCUGGAGGGUGCGCCGGGACUUGCGGAUCAGGCGAGUGUGAUUUACGAGCUGGACUGUCUGAUGGACGAUGUGGAUUUGACGGGGAUCGACUUUUUGCGGGAGGAAAUUGGGGCGGUGAAGGCUGUAAAAGCGCGGCUGGUGCAGACGGCCCACCGGGAUCUGUUCCAGAGCAUUCAGGGCGAAAAGGAGGACGAGACGAAGAAUUGCUUGCGAAUAUUUCUGAACAUGAAAACGCUGGGCAAGUGCUUGGAGAACAUCCUGGAGACGUACCAGCGUUACAUCAAGGAUUCCAUCAAGGAGUGCUUCACGACCUCCGACAUUAGUAAGUUGCGCAAAUCGGACCCCUCCGGCACGAAGGAUCGCUCGGAACAGACCAGGGGACCCGGCAAAGCGCCCGUCCUGACCAGUUCGACCAACUUUCGCUCCAAGCUGUGGCAAGCGCUGGAAUGGCUCUUUCUGGACGAAUUUCACAGCUACUGUCAGCAGAUCAUCUUCCUGCAGCGUUGUCUCCUGUACAGCGAUCUGGCCCUAACCGACGAUUGCAAACGGAUGGCCGAGACUAUCGGGUCGAAUUUUUGGACCAACUUGACCCGUCAGCUGACGACGUCUUUUGCGAACGCACAAUCCAACACUCCACACGUCUAUCAGGCACUCCAGCAGGGACUGCCCAAGUUGCUUUCGGUGGCCCGUGGGCUGGAGAAAAAGCUGGACCACGGCCCGUUUGUGUUUGACGAGCAGGUGUUUGCUUCGCUGGAGGCGGGUUACUUGGAGAAGUGCGCCAACAAUUUGAAGAUGGUUUUGGUGGACAUUGAAUUUCCCAACCAGGAGGUCAUCGAUGCCGUCGUCCGGGUUGCUUCAACUGAGCUGAAUGCGGCCAUUGUGGACGAUCGGCUGACGCGGCAGGUGACGGACGUUAUCUGCGUUUCAAACAAAGAUCUUUGGAAUCGUAUCGAGCGGAACGUGAAGCUAGGUGGUGAUACGCAACAGGUGUUGGACAAUCCGAACGCGGCUCAGUCGCAGAACAUCACCCUUGCGAACAUCAUCUUCUACCACCAGGAAGCCAUCGGCCGGUUGAUUCGUAAUCUUGGAACCAAGUUCUCCGCUUCACCGUCCGCUAGCAAGUUGAAACAGAGCCUCAACGAAGGUCGAACCAUCACGCUGACCAUCAUGCAACAGUUGAUCGGUUCGAUCCAUUCGGCCGUCAACAUAAUCCUGCUGUCGAUGCAUCGCGAACCGGGACUCAACACGGCCACCAUAACCGCAGCCGGACCGUCGUUCUACGUCCAAGAACUGCAGGAUUUCCUCCUCCGCUCGUGGAACUCACACAUCGCUCCGUUCUCCGACAAGACCACCAUAGAAGAGUGUGGCCUCAACCUGGCCCGCCGUUGCAUCGAACUCUUCGUCCAAAACGCCGCCCUGUGCAGACCCAUCUCGAUGGCCGGACGGCUACGACUCAAGUCCGACUGCCAUCACCUGGAGCAAGCCCUGAAACCCAUCGUUCCCGACCUGACCGUGCUGGGCAAGAACUUCCGCAUGCUGCGGGCAAUGUCUACGCUGCUCAACGCCUCACCGGAAGACCUCGUCAAACAGGAGAAAGACGGCGCCGUUCCGCCCUACAUCGUGCUCUUUCUACUGUUUGGUUUUGCCGGGUCGGACUUGGCAAGCCCGCACAUCACUGCCGGAUGGUCCAACGAGAAGCUGCUGCAGUGGCUCGAAUCGCACACCGCCGAACGGGACCGGCUCGAGUUGAUAACCGGGGCGCUGCAAAAGUACCGCGCGGUCGUCCGACAGAAGAACAUUUCCCAGUACGAUGUAAUUUACCCACUUAUAACGCAAUAUCUGGACGAGUCGAUUGCCGACUCGACCAAGGGCAGUGAUUGAGCUAAUAAAGGUUAAACAUUUUGAAA